AUGCUAUGUAUGAAAAGAGUCAAAAUAUUGCCAAUUUACUUAUUUGGUUUGCUAUUAUUCUCCUUAUUAAUUUGUAUACAGUUAAUAAUGUUUAAAGAAAAUUCGACAGAAGACAUUGCUACAAAUAGUGAAAAUACUACUCUUAUUUGGUGGACUCCCUUUACUCUAAGCGAUCAGUAUAUUCAAUGUGGCAAUGUUCAUUGUUUCGUCACAAACAGUAGACACCUGAAAUAUCGUGAUAAUGUGGCUUUUUUAUUUUAUGGUACCCAUUUCAACGUUUCUGAUCUUCCAUUACCAAGAGAUAUCAAAAUUUGGGGAUUAUUUCAUGAAGAAUCGCCUAGAAAUAAUCCACUUCUCAAUCAUGAAUUGACAUUGAGUUUGUUCAACUAUUCUUCUACUUUCAGCCGUUUUAGCGACCUUCCUCUCACAUUAAUGUACUUGAAGUCAUUAGAAAGUUUGACAAGUCACGAGUACUAUAAAACCUUCGAAGAAAAAAAUCUUUUAAAUUUAUCUGAGAUAGUGUAUAUACAGUCAGACUGCGAUACGCCUAAUAAUAGGGAUUCUUAUGUAAAAGAGUUAAUGAAAUAUAUAUCCAUAGAUUCUUAUGGGGCUUGUCUGAACAAUAAAAAACUGCCAACAAGUUUAACAAAUGCUUUAGAAACUAUGAUGUCUCAAGAAUUAUUACAACUAGUUGCUAAUUACAAAUUCUCUAUAUCUUUUGAAAAUGCUGUCUGUGAAGAUUACAUAACUGAAAAAUUGUGGAGACCUUUAAUUGCCGGCAGCAUUCCAAUAUAUUUAGGUUCUCCAUCAAUCAAGGAUUGGCUGCCGAAUAACAACGCUGCUAUAUUUCCUUCCGACUUCUCCUCUCCCAAAGAGCUAGCACAGCAUCUCCAUAAUGUCAGCAAUCACCGUGAAGCUUAUAACAACUAUUUAAAACAUAAAAUAGAACAGAAAAUUGAUAAUGAAAUUCUAAUAAAACACUUUCGUGGUUAUGGUGGUAAGAAAGUGGACAGUAUUAUCAAUGAGUUCGAAUGUAUGAUUUGUAACAGAAGUGUAUACGAAAAAACGGGUUUUGUUAAUAAAGACCAUUAUAAUUGCCCCAGACCAGUCUCUAUGUUAAGCCGAAAAUUCAAUAUAAGUAACUGGUGGCACAGCGAUUACGUGAAGAAUAAAUGUGAAGCGGCCAUUGUACGAAAUUACAUAGAAAACUCGCAAACCAUUAGCUCACGCAACUUGGAGACCCUAGUUCUGAAACAUUUAAAUGAAAAGAAAUGUGAAGUUCCUGAAGACGAGAUCCUCCAGGGGUUGCCAUAUAUGUUGACCAACACUUAA